CUUCUGGCACUUGGUACUGGGUAGGUUGCUUCAAAAUGCACAACAAUGAAAGUCAAGUCCACAAACAACAGGCGCGACCAAGCCGACGUGAUGGGAUGAAUUCGUCACCCUCGCGAGCUCUUGACCCCUGAUUAGAAAGUAAAGCUGUAAGGCUUAGACUAGAUCUCUUUGCCACUGCACCAUCUCAUGGAAAUCGGAGCGGCACGAUAGCUGCGACGCGGGGCCCGAAUUCAGCAUCGGCGAAAGCAGCGAUGCCUCUCCUAAGGAGCGACUCCUUCAAAGACAUUGACUUCACUCUUCGUCGACAAUUCGGCAAAGAAAACUUUAGACCACAUCAGAGAGAGAUCAUCGAGGCUGCCCUCGACGGUCAUGAUGUUUUCGUCCAGGCAGCCACCUCCUUCGGCAAGAGUCUAUGCUUCCAACUGCCAGCAGUUAUAGACCGUGGAAGUGUGUUCCGCCUUUCCAAAGCAACUGACGGUUGAAGUGUCACUCCUCAGACAUAUGGGUCCAAGCGGCUUGCUGAUUACCCUUCAGAUGAACCAAGUCGAAGCCCUCAAGGCAUCAGAUGUGGACGCUCGCACUUUGAACAGCAACACUACCCUGGCAGAGCGAGACUACAUCUACGCUGAUCUCGCAACUGGGCAUCCCCUCAUGCGGCUCCUCUAUGUGACUCCCGAGCUGUGUUCCGGCGACCACUUCCGGCGGAAACUGAAGCUGGUCUACGAACAGCACGAGCUGGCGCGUAUCGUGGUUGACGAAGCCCAUUGCAUCUCAGAAUGGGGCCACGACUUCCGCAAAGACUUCAAACGGCUCUCCUGGUUCCGCGAAACCUUUCCCGAUGUACCAGUCAUGUGUCUCACCGCCACAGCCAACGAGCAAGUCCGUCACGAUGUGCUUACCACGCUAGGGCUGGACAAGACGCCCGGCAAACUCAAGAUCUUCAGCAUGACAGCCCACCGACCGAACCUGCACCUCGAAGUGCGUUUCACCAGCGACGAAGCCAACGACCGCUACGACGACUUUGUCACCUGGCUCAAGGGCGUGUACGACCGUCGAGCGGCCGUGGAUCGAAAAGCCGAGCUAGACGCCAUCGGCGAGCGCGUCGAGAACGUACCGGGGAUUAUCUACACCAUCUCUCGCGACGAAGUCGAGUCGCUCGCGGCCGCCUUACGACACGACGGUAUCGGCGCGCGGCCCUUCCACGCAAAACUGCCGAACCAGGUGAAGGAGGAGACGUUGGCCAAGUGGAUUGCCAACGAUCCGGGGUACGAUGUCAUCGUGGCUACGACGGCCUUCGGCAUGGGAAUCGACAAGGAGAACGUGCGGUUCGUCGUACACUGGCGGCUGCCCAAGUCGUUUGAGGGCUAUUACCAAGAGGCCGGGCGGGCGGGUCGUGAUGGGAAUGCGAGUUAUUGUUUUCUUUACUAUAGCCGCGAAGACCGGGAUAGGGUUUGCAACUUGGUCAUGAGGGAGCCAGUGUCGAAAAACGCGUCCGCGGAUGGCAUCAUUAAUAAACAGGCAAGGCAGAUGAGUCUUAGUAGGCUGGUGGCGUAUUGUGAGGAUACCGGUUGUUGUCGGCAUGCGGCAAUUUGCAGGUAUUUUGGGGAGACGCAAGUGCCUGCGUGCGAUUACGCGUGUGACUGGCAUAAGGAUCCGCAGGGACUGAAGAGGAGGAUGGCGAGGGGGUUGGCGAGUGAGGAAUGGGUUAGUACUCAGCGGGAAGAGGGCAUGUACGAUGAAUAUUGGAGUGAGUAGGGUUGAACUUGGAGCCUUGGAGUUUGCUACCUGGUUGAUGUCUUGGUUGACGCAGUAUUUGAGGUUUAAAUUCAAUAUGAUACCCAUGCUUUCGUUCA